CUCGUUUCUCUCCUUAGCCACCAAGAAACCUAUUACUCUACAUAAAACCAUAACAAGCUUCUUUACUUUUUAAGCUUUAAUCUCCCAUCUGCAAGAACAAGAACUUGCUACACAAAAACACACGUUUCAGGUUCCAGAGUUUGUGAAGAUAUGAGUGCAGACUGGGGACCUGUGAUUGUAGCAGUAGCUCUGUUCAUUCUACUCUCACCAGGAUUGCUCUUUCAGCUACCGGCAAGGACAAGAGUGAUGGAGUUUGGUAACAUGAGCACAAGCGGCAUUUCGAUUUUGGUCCACGCCAUUAUAUAUUUCUGUAUACUGACUAUCUUGAUCAUUGCCAUACAAAUUCACAUCCAUUUCUGAUAUUUUAGUGUAACACAGAUAAGCUUCUUUGGAUUCAAAGUUUGCCUUUUUCCGCUAUUUUACUUUGAUAAUCUCUGAUUCUUGGGUAAUAGUGUUUCAAACAGAUUGACAACAAAUGGUUGUAUACAAAUAAAUAAUCUGUAAUUUUGUAUUUUCCUACAUUUAAUUUCGAACCUUGAAGUACUUCCCAUCACAAAACAAUUAGUAUAAGACAUUUGUGAGCUCUU